AUGUAUUUAAUCGCUCCGGAUCUCUCAAUAGAUUUGGUUGAGCUUCCAGAGACAGUUCCAGGCAAUAAUUCGUUUUGUGACCACGAGCUCUUUAUGUUCCGUCCUGCCACACGCAAAAUAACCAACUUUACCAUCGAAAUAGUCAGCGACCCAGUGUGCUCUUGGUGCUAUAUCGGCAAGAAGAAGCUUGAUAACGCAAUCAAGAUACACCAGUCUUCACAGCCAGACAAUCCCUUCAUUAAGAUAUGGAAGCCAUUCUACGUCAAACCUCAUUCCUCUGAAAUAGGCAAACAACUCUUCAGUCUAAUCCAUCUAAAAACAGAAGUCCCUAUAUUACCUAACUUUCGGAAACAGCAUGGAGAGAUCAUGGCAAACAUGAUGAUUGAGAGAGUGAGAAUAAUAGGCGCGGACAUCAGCAUUGAAUUCAAGUUUUCUGGCAGGACAGGCAGAACGCAUGAAACGCACUAA